AUGGCUACUGAAGAUAGUUUUCUAGUUCUUGUGCACAAUAAAGGUAUGAUUAAGAGAAAAACGCGAUCGGAAAAAAAGUUCACUGAUAAGGAUUUGUUGAGCGUCUUUAUCAGACCUUUUAUGAGCCUUGUUAAUUUUCAGAACAUCGUACCACAGAAAUUGGGAACGCAUGGGAUGAAACGAAUUGAGAAGUUAUAUUAUCGAAUUCCCAUUUCUGUUGUCCGCGAUAGGUUGAAGUACAACUCGUUUGUGAUAGGCAGUGACGAGGAUUUGCAAGUUUUAUUUCACUGUCGUCGUCAGUUUCCGAAGGUGAGAAUCCCUGAAUUAUUGGCCAAGCUUGUGGAUGUGGUCUCUAGCUCAGGAGAAUCGAGCAGGAAUCAUCCAUCAUUACCAACGGUAGCAGCCUCCAGUUCAACCCCUGUUAUUGUAUCUUCAUCUGUGUCUGUAAUUACAUCUGGGGGAGAUUUGGUGGCAUUUCCGUCUUUCGCAGCUGAUCUAUACCACGAUGAGAUCGCGAAACUAGGUACUAAUAUGAAUACUCCUGUUAUGAUUCUGAUUUCUGGGGGAGUUGGAAAACCAGAUGCGGUGGAAGAUGUCCUAGGGGAUGAGGAUGAUGUGGAGCCCGCAUCGAUUGCUGAUGACAGCGAUGAUGAUUUAGGGAGAAGUAUUCCCGUUGGGGCUAGUGGAGCGUCGAGCUUGGGAACUCAGCAGUACCCGCCACACUUUUUGACUCUGGACUUGGAUGCGAUGAGACCGGGGGAUUACCGGAUGUAG